GGAACUCAGACGAACCUAGCAAGUAUUUGAAUGUAUAUAUGAUCUCUAAGAUACUUGUAAAAAUAAUUAUUCUUUUUAGGUGUCUGUUGUUAGGGAUGGUAUCUUCUGUAUGCUAGAGGCUUGUCAUAGCUGUUGAACGAAACAAAUUUUUAGCUAGAGGUCACUUGCAUUUGGGAAAUUUUGUUUUACUUGUUUGGAAUUCCCUUCUGCUUUGUGUUAAAUACAUUAUUCAAUGUUCUCUGUUGUCAUAUGUUCUGUAGUGUUUAAAGGUUGUUGCCUUCUUUCUGCUGGAGGCUGUUUCAGUGAUGGGUGAAGUGAUGCUUCUAAUAGGUAGUUUUGUAUCAUUUUGUCAGGUACUUUGGGAUUGUUUUAUGAAAGAGUACAUAAAUGUCAUUUAUUAUUAUGAAUGCCUCUCAUGGUUUGGAAUUUAACAGACAUAAUAUUUGCCAUUAUGUCACCAUCGUCACAUUCAUUUUUGUGGUUGUAAUCAAAGAUGGCAAUAAUGGCAUUCAGAUGCUUAAUUAUAUUUUAUGUAGGUGACCAGUUCUAACUUAUUAAAUUAAUGCAUGGUGGAGCAGGAACAAGUGUCACUGCUUCCCUCUGUGGUUAGGGAGCCAUCAGCUUGCUUCUCACACAUAAAAAUCAGUAUAUAGUGAAGCAUAUGGCACCAGUGAGUUCUGUGUUUAUUAAAGGACUAUUUCUCUGAACAUUCUGUGAAUUUUGUUCCUUAUUUCACUUGAUGUAGAUCUAAAAUGUUUUUCCCACCUUUCAAAACUUGAAAUACUGAACAAGCUGAAACGAAGACUUCUUAAGGUUCAUGAAAACAGUGAGACUUCUACUUUCAUCAGACUGGCCACCUGUCUGGUAGGGGGAGAAUAGAAAUCUGUCUAAACUGUGGAAACCUAAGGUUCAAGUCCCUAGUUUGAUUCAGAGUAGUUUUGAACAUUUUUACAUUUUCUGUAUUUCUGGAUAACUGGAUUGCUAGCUAUGUUGGAAAGAGAAGGGAGUGUCCCAUCUCCCUAGUUCUAAGUUACAUCUUCUCAAAACUGGUAGGGUAGGUUUUCUUCUUUAAUGUCAUUUUCUGAUCACAAAUUAGAAAGCUUCCUCAGAAUUUUCUAAGGAGUGGCCAUGUCUUUGGUCUGAUAGUAAUAUAUACGUGGAUAAUAAUCCAAGAAAAGCAUUUUAUCCUAGCAACAGAUGGGAUAUUUUUUACAAGUAUUUAACUACUUGGAGAAGAUGGAAGCAAGAAGAAAGGCCACCACCAUCAUCCCUCAUAUGACAGCUUCAAGUAAAUCACAAUUUUUAACUUGGAUGUCAGAGACCUGUAGAAUCACUCUUCUCAAAGACACUCUGAAGCCCUAGUUUUGUUGAGCCAAAGCCACAGGGUUUUUCCUGAACUAAUUUCUGUGGAGGAGGGGGGACCAAAGAAGAAUGGUACUGCUGAACUACUCUCCCUUUUUCUGCUUUUUCAGCAUCUUACCUCAAAGUGUAAAAGGAGAAUUGUUUUAUCCUACAGUUGUCUUUGCCUUGUCCAUUGUCACUGCAGUGAGGAUUAUUCACCCAAUGAAAGGAAUUUGACUCUUUUCCUUGCUGUGAUUUGUGUACCUUCUGGCUGUUGGGUCAUUUUCAGAUGGGUCUGGAAAUGUUCGACUGGUUUUAAUGCUUGAACUCUGGUGGUUUGUAAAGUUCAUUGCAGGACUUUGUUCUUGGUUAUUCACUUUAGACUGGGUAGCAAGGAUUUUUUAAUUGUGUGUGUUGGUUGUUCCUGCUAUUCCACUGCUGUACCCCGUUGGGGGUAAGAACUUAAAAACAACAGGAGUUGUGCAAGCAACAGGUUGUUGACUUUGACCACUGACAAAGCAUGCAGACUCUGUAAAGGCAGUCUCUUAAGUUAAAAGAUACUCAUUAAGUUACACACAUCACCUUUACAUUUUCCCUUGACUUACAUUAACUUUUCUUUUGUGGGCUAGUUUCUUGUUGGAGCAGAAGCAGACCUUGAGAAGGGUGUUUAGGUUCCAUUUCCUUACGCAGCCAUAAAGAACAAUAGCAGUAGAAACUCUGAGGCUUUUCUGAGGAUGUUUUUUUUCCAGUAGGUCUUCAGAUUGGUUGCAAGUUUUGUGAUGUAGUUGUUUGCAGUAGUGGGACGUUGAAUUUAGUUCUGCGCAUCUAAGCUUGUCACUCACUAGUAAAGAAGAUGGUUUUCUGAAAGUCUCUGCUUAUCUCAGUUGCUGCAAUCUGCAGUAUUGAAUGAAACACUGAACUCAAUCCCCAUGCUCUUUUCCACCUUCACAGGUCUCAGUGGAUCAGUGACUGGUAUGUUCUGUUGCAAAGCUGACCUUGAGGUUCAUUCAUAUGAAUUUGCUAGCUAGUAAUGUCCAGUCUUGAUCAGGAGGUAGUAAUGCACAUCAGUCAUCCAUUGCUUAGAGAUUUGUGUGGUGAGAAGGGUGAUACCUGUUCUUUGGUGUCUUAGACCUCCAUCCCUUUUCUCCUUAUUUCUGCAUGUUAAGAUCAUAGAGUGAUUUUAUGUGGCUCUUGGUGAUAGGGCUGUACAACUGAAUGAUAAUGCUCCACCCAACAUGCUUACUGAAAUGUUUAAGCUCACAUGAAAAUCUGUGUAUGUGACCUUAAGUAGAGACUAAACUAAUGAAAGUCAAUGAGAAUAACAGCAAGAGUAGUGUUUGAUGUAUACUGGUUUCAAAUUUGAAAUUUAGAGGGAAUGAAGACUGGAUAUCCAUUUCUGAAAAGCACAGGCUUUUUCCUACUUCCUGUUGUCCUAGCAGGAAAGAGCAUAUGUGCUUGUAGCCCAGAACCCACGAGAAGCAAAUAUGAUUCCAUUUAGUCUUAAGAAUACAAAUGUAUGUAUCAACAUGCAGGACACAGCCCAUAUUUGCAUAUAGCAUAAUGUGACUUCAGUUCUGAUUUUUGGCCUAAAAACACUAUGUGUGCAUGUAAAAUAUAAUUAAUGUAAUGUUUGACCCUGGAGGAGAAUUUUUAUCUGACCUUUUAUUGAGAGUAAUUUUGGAAGCUGCCCAAAAUGUAAAAUCCCCUGAAGUUCUUCUAAAGGAGAUGUUAAUGAAAAAACACUUACGGGUAUGCUGGUCUCUCUGAGGAAGAGAAACUUCAAUGUGACUUUGCUCAGAGAAGCCUAGAUUUUGAGACUGUUAUCUGCACAGAAAUAAGGUAAAAUAGAAGUCUGACUGUUCUAGUCACAACAGCUAAACUUUAACCAAAUUGAAAAAUUGCUCAUAGUACAAAGUGGCUUAGAUUCUGCUUCUUUGGGCAAAUCACUAUUGGCAUACAUGGUCAUAUACUGAGCAUAUGUGCUUGCUUUGAUCCAAAGGUUUGGCCUCUGUACUGCGAGGUCAGUAUGAGGGGCUGCACUUGUUCUGGUGUGGCAGUUCAAAUGUAAGGAAGCAAUCUGGUUUUUAUAUGUGACCCUCAGACCGGGUGAAGCUGGAAGGUCUGUCUGUCUGCCACUAACUGAGCCACGAAGGGAAUACACAAGCAUCUGGAGGACAGAAGCCUUGGUCUAUGCAGGAGCACCUUGGCCAAGAGCCUUUGUCUGAUGGGCCCAUUGAGAUGAAGAACUUGUUUUGGAUUAAGCAAAAUCCCUACAGCCAUAAAGAAAACCUUCUUUUGUAUCAGGAAACAGAUGCUGUGAAGGAGGAGCUGUUGCAUUUCAAAGCAGCAGGUGGUGGGACUAUUGUGGAAAACACAACUACAGGAAUUGGUCGGGAUAUGAAUACUUUGAAGAAACUUGCUGAAGAAACUGGAGUUCAUAUUAUUGCUGGUGCUGGGUUUUAUGUAGGUUCCACUCAUUCUUCUCAAACACAGGCCAUGACAGUGGAGCAGCUGACAAACAUUAUUGUUGAUGAGAUGCUCAAAGGAGCAGAUGGGACUAACAUCAAGUGUGGUGUGGUGGGAGAAAUAGGUUGCUCCUGGCCUUUGACUCAGAGUGAACACCGUGUGCUCCAGGCAACAGCACAGGCUCAGUCACAGCUUGGAUGCCCUGUUAUCAUCCAUCCUGGCAGGAGCAGCGACUCGCCUUUCCAGAUUGUCCGCAUUCUGCAGGAAGCUGGGGCUGAUGCUUCAAAGACGGUCAUGUCUCACCUGGACAGGACCAUAUUUGAUACAAAGAAACUUCUGGAAUUUGCUAAACUUGGAUGCUAUUUAGAGUAUGACCUAUUUGGUACAGAAUUUCUUCACUACCAGUUCCAUCCUGAUAUUGACAUGCCGAGCGACAAUGAAAGAAUUGCAAGGAUUCGUACACUGAUUGAUGAAGGCUAUGAAGACAGAAUUCUGAUGGCUCAUGAUGUGCACACCAAGAACAGGUUGAUGAAAUAUGGAGGUCAUGGAUAUUCACAUAUCUUUGAAAAUAUAGUUCCUAAAAUGCUAAUUAGAGGCAUAUCCCAAGAUAAAAUUGAUAAAAUACUCCUAGCAAAUCCAAAGCGGUGGUUGACUUUUAAGUAGGAAUAAUGAAUAAUUAUUCCUAUUCUGUAGAGAAGCUUGAUAAAAUUCAAAUUUCUUUCCAGAGAGCAGUCAUUUUAAAAUUUGGUUCUUUUCAGAGAAACUGAAAAUUAUUAAGGAGAUGCAAACAAACUGAUUAUAAAUUUCCUUUUUAAUUAGAACAUCAAAAUUGAGUACUGUCUCUGCAUCUUCUCCCUUCUGGAAAUUUGUUCAUGAGUGAUUUACUGAAUAUGAGCCUACCCCAAAAUCUUUUCCACAGAAAUUUUAAAAUAAUUGUUUCAAGAGUGUAAUCUAAUACUAUUAUUGAAUGUUACCCCAAACUACUUUUGAAGAUGCACCACCUGGACUUUGAAAGAAAUUAUGGUUUUCAGUUAAAUUUCCUGUCUCUGGGGGCUGAUUUUAAUCUUUGUAAGACUGACAAUCGUCUCAUUAUCCUUGUAUUCUUUGAGUAAUGCUUGAUGAAAGGUCUGUAACUUUUAAAUAGCUUCUGUAGACAACACAAGGCAAAAGAAAUCUCAAAUCUAAAAAGGUAAUUUUUUUUAUAAUUUAACAAUUUACUUAAUUUUAACUGAAAGUGUAAAAAAUACAUGGAAAAAUAUAUUUUUGAAUAAAGCAAUUUGAUGAUCUCUUAAACUACGUGCAGUAUUAUUACAGAUGUCUUUUUUUAAUCACAUUUUUUUUAUCAUGAACUUUUGGAAUCUCACAGUGACCAUGUAAAACUUGACACAGACCAGCUUCUUUUUGUAAAGAUGCAACACCAGAAGUCAAAAUAUAUUACAUAAUACAGUUUUAAUGAGUUCUAAUAGUUAUAACAAAGGUUGUGAUAUAAGUCUUUACAAAUCAGUAUAUCAAGAUAUGAUGAAAAAGGAAGAAAUGUUUGCCUUAUAUGUGAUUUUUACAUAAAGCGUGUUCUUUGCUCUUGUCUAACUUUAACCAGGGCAUGUGAUCUAUUCAAAAAAUGGUGUUAUCCAGUAGCAGUGGGAGCCUGAUUUCAAAAGCUUCUUCAAAUUUGACCAUAUACAUCUUGUAGUAUUGAGCCUUUCCAAUAAACACCUUAGUAAAUACGCA